AUGUCUCGUUUAAAUGCCUUUUUUCAGCUCGUAGAUGAUCCCUAAACCCCUCCUUGGAAGAAGUAGGCUCAUAGCUAAAUCAAAGAGCUUAGCAAACAUUCUAAAAAACAAACUGAAUUAGAUGCUUAAGAAAAGAAAAGAUUAAAUCUAAUUUAGCAAAAAUUCGCAGGAUUUUUGUAAUUCGAUUAUGUAAAAGAAACAAAUUAAGAUAAAGAUGGCGAUUCAUCAUAUUAAUCAUCAGAAGAUUAUCCAGAUGAUGAUGAGUAUAAUGCUUUUUAAAUGUAAGAUGAAGAGAAUACUUAGUUUAACAAAAUAGGCAUUGAUUCUAUUAUGAAAGCUUUAUCGAAGAAGAAAAAGUCAGCCUUCGAAGUUAAGCUUUUGUCUCAUGCUUUAAUGCACAACCCUUUUUUUAAAAAGAUGAGAAAGUAAAUAACUGAGACAUUGUAUGAAGAGCUAUUUAAGGAAAUUUAUCUGGAAAGCUACAAUUCAUUAGAUACUGUAUUUGAGUUUGGAGAUACUGGUGACAAGUUUUAUAUAAUUUUAUAAGGCGAGGUUUAUAUACUAUCUCCUACUUAGCUUGGUAUAGCACUUUAGUAAAUAGAAAAAUAAAAAGAAGAAUAAGCAAUAGAUAAACUAAAGUAAGAAUCUACCCUUCAAUCUUAAAAAAUGAGCGCUAAUUUCAACUAAAGCUAAAUGCCAAAUGAUAAAAUCAAUGAAUUAUAAAGAAACUCUUCAAGGCACAAAAUGAGUUAUAGUAAAAAUAUAGCUACAGGAGAAGAUGACUAAACUCCUAAUUCUUUCUCUUCUCAAUCUCCUGUAUAGCAAAUUAAAAGGUAGCAAGAGAGUCUAAGAAAAUAAGCUAUUAACAGAAAUCAUAACUAAUAAAAAUUAAAUGACUCCUUUUCAAGUUUUAUUUCCUCUGAAUAGACACCAUUAAAUUAAGAGAGCGAAAAUUAUAGUAAAUUUUUGGAAAAAGAUUAAUAAUUAGAUUAAGACGGGGCAAGUGAAAGAGUUCGAUCUCGAAAUUCUUCGUUUAGUUCAUCUAAAUCCCAAAGCAUUAGGCCUAAGCAAUUAUCUUUAAACGAGCGUUAAAAAGAAGAAAAGAAGUGUGUAAUUGAGUAAAAGAUUUACCAAAAAUAUCCGAACUUUUACAUAGUAAAAAAACUCUAAACAGGAGAUAAUUUUGGAGAAAUAGCUUUACGUAUGGAUAAAGAAAGGACAGCAACAAUUGUAUGCAAGAGCAAUUGUAAGUUUGCAGUUAUUUCUAAAAAAGGAUUUCAACGUAUUUUAGGAGAUUUCUUUAGACUUUAGUUAGAGGAAAAGGAAUAAUUCUUGUAAAACAUUGAAUUAUUUAAAGGCUAUAAUUUUGCAUUUUUAGCAAAUAUUUUGAUGAACAUAAAAAAAAAAAUUUAUAACUUUGAUGAUAUUAUUUAUGAAGAGGGUUAGGACUCAAAUAAAAAAUUAUAUUUUAUAAAAUCUGGAGAAGUUGAGCUUAGCAAAAGAGUGGUUAUUCCUGAUGACCCUGCUGAUACACCUCAAUCGAAAUAAUUUAAAAAAAAUGAUAGAGUAGUAAUUGCUUAGAAAUAAUCAAAGGAGUGGUUCGGCGAAGUUGAAAUUAUGUAAAAUAUGAAAAGAUUCACAAGAGCUAGAUGUGUUUCUGCUAAGUUAGAAGUUUUUUACAUUACAGCUUUGAAGUUUUUUGCAAAUAUAAAUAUCGAGCAAAUGAUAACUGAUAUGAAAAAAAGCUCAUAAAUGAUAGAUGAGUGGAGAUAGAAACAUUAUGAAUAAAUGGUUAGUCGCAUUUAUAACAGCAAAAGGGAUCCUCUUAGAAAAACGUUUUCGAAUAUGCAGGUAGCUCAUGAUUUAAUAAAUUAAAAAUUUAAAUAAGAAUUCAUGAAGGUCAAGCCAUAAUAAAUUAUACUAAGUAAGCCUGAAGAAACAUCAUUAGCAGCAAAAAUUGUAUAUUUUAAUUCAGUAAAGUCCUAUGUGAAUAAGAUAAGUGAUGUGAUUGGAACAAUCUCAAAAUAGAAAUACCAAAGCAUUAUUGAAUAAAAAAAAGAUGCUAGUCAAAAAGAAAAUGAUUUAAAUAAAAGAAAAGAGCAAGCUUUGCAAUUAAGGUCUCUAUCUUUACCAAGAAAUAGCCAAAUUCUAAAUACUUCUCAAAACUCUAUAUAAUCUCAUGCAAGGAAUCUUUCUUAAAGUUCACAGCAUCAAAACACACCCUGCAAGUUACCUCUAAUAUUGUCUGCUGAGUAAUUUGAUGAAAUUAGUGCUAAAAAAUCCAUUUCUACAGCUAAGAAUUCAACUAAUACUAAUUUGGCUAGCAAGUCUGUAAUUAUUAAUGCUGAACAUGAGAAACUGCCUCAAUUAAAUUAGCAUUAAAUUAACAAGUUUUAAACUGAGAAAUCAUAAAAUUUUUAAACUGAAAUUUCAUAAACAACAGAUAGAGAAAGAAAGGUUUAGUCAUCAUUUUCUACACCGAUGAAUAAGAAAAUUAAGUUGAACUUGAAUAAAAAAAUUUUAUCACAUUUAUGCUCUCAGAAUGAAUUGGAGGAUUCAUCAGCAAGAAAUAAUCUUAGUUAAAAUUUUCCUUUAACUACCCCUCACACAAGCUGCACAUUAAAUUAUAUAUAACACCCUUCUAAGCCUCUUAUUUCUGAUAGAUUGAAUACAGAUAAUGAAAUUUUAGAAAAUCUCUACUAAGAAAUUGUAGGUAAUAAACAGAAAUAAAGUAAACUUAUUUUUAAUAAAGAAAUGAACUAAAAAAUGGUUGAAGAGGGAAUGAGAAAAAAAAAUCUAUAGUUGCACUAAUCAAAAUAACAUGGAUGUGAUUUUACCAACUUAUAAAGUAGCAUGGCUUCAUUAGUAGGUAUUCCUAAUGAAAGUCUUGGAUAAGACCAACUCAAAAAAUUGAAGCUGUAUAGAAAGUUAAAAUUAGAUAAUAUCCUAGAUUAUAAGUAUUAAAACAAAUUGAAAAUAGAAUUAGCAUAGAAACAGCUUCAAAAAGAAGCUUAUUAGAAUUAAAUAUAAAUUAAUAAGACCAAAGAUGGAAUAGAAAGUAUUUAAAAUAAUCUAAAAUUCACAAAAAACUAAACUUCUUUGAUUCCUAAAACAUUUUCUAGCAAAAUUAUUCAAAGCAAACAAAAAUUCCCAAAUGCUUUUUCCUAAAUUUCUCUGAAGCUUCCUCUUCCAUAAACAAAUUAACUUGUAAAUAAAAGUUUGAAUCAUCAUGAUAUUUUUAAUAAAAAUACAAUUAAAAAAAAGUAAUUUGAAUGA